CCUGGGGAGUUAUCCGGAGACCACAGGAGGACAAACGUCAUCGCUAUUGGGCUGUUAAGGACUGCGAACCGCAGCUAGAGAUAACGAUCGUACAUGGGACUAGUUUUUCCAAUGAAAUACACGUCCCAUGUUUUGGGUAGUAGAUCUUCAACGAAAUAACUUGAUUUCGCGCGACGAUGUUCCUCAAGUCCCCAGCAUCUUUGUGUUUGUCCCUAUACUGCAUCUACAUCAGUUUGGCCGCCGAAGCAUAUAUCGCCACUGAAUUGGGGUUUCGAAGAGUGAAGCAUGGUGAACAAUAUAGCUUCUUCGCGCUCCUGUCGAAUGGGUAAACGCACCUGACACGCAAUGUGAACGCCGGUAAGAUCCUGAAUUACCCAACUACUGGCGGCCAGAAGAAACCGGUUCGCGUAGCCGGUAGCCCUUGCACAACCGAAGAAAGCGCACUGCGAGCGCCCCAGUUUGCAUAAUACGUAUGCGCCGCGAGGUUUUGUAUGUGAUAUAAAAUAAAUGUGCCACUCACACAGUUCCACAUACUACGCGCAGCACCGUUAAUCUGCUUCCACAAGUUGUUCUUUCCUUCACAGCAACGGAUAGGUACCAAGACUAGAGCUGCCGCUGUGUGGCGCGUUGCUCUUUCGAAUCUGCACCGCGGUGUCUUGAGUGACGGCAGAAAGUGUCACCAGAAUUUCAUUUGGUUCCUAUACAUCUGCUGCACCGUUAUUUUUCCCUUCCAGUCGAAGUGAGGAUACGCAAAGUCGAGGAUAAAUCGUCUUUUGGUGCUCGCCCGCCGAAAAAGAAUUGCAAGGUUUUUCUGGAUGGGCGAGGACGACGGUUUGCUGUAUACCGAGGAGGGGUUGCGCCGUACCUCCCUGUCUGCAUUCCAGAGUACGUUUCGUGGACCGACGCCAAGCUGUUGUCCAGUCCUUCGUUGGAGAUGCCCCAGGAUGGUUUAUCUUUUACUAUAUGGAAACGUCAAAGCGGGCCUCCAAUUGAAGUAAGGAAGCAAUCCAGCUGAGAGGACGGUGGAGUUGCCUGCCACCCUCACCUUUGGAGUCUCCGAUGUCUCCCGCAUUUCGGUCGCCCUCUCGUUCUCCAGAUUUCCUGUCCAGUGCGCGUCUCCCUCAAGGAGUACUUGUUCACAUGUGCCGCGUGAAAUCUUUCUUUGUGGCAUCUUGGACCUGUUUAAAACAUUGUGUCGUCUUCGAAUUGGAUCUGUUUUGGCUAUUGAUGUUUUGUGUAUGGGAUAGUAGACUCUGCUUGCCGCCACGCGUUCCGCAAGUUUUCCCUCUCGCAACCUGCUUGGCCAUCAGCCGUUAGAAACCUGCUGGCAACUGAGAUAAGCGAAUAAAUCUCUAGAGUUACUAACGGUCAGCAUUGCUGCAUGCGUUGUUUGCGUGGAGUGUCCGCAGUCUUUCGGUUUUUUUCGCUUUCCAACGCCGUUCUUCGGUAACUUCCGGCUGCCCGGGUGGCUGUGCCACGUUUUCGAUGCGUGUUUCUUCUUGGUCCCCAUCGAUGAAAUCCUCAGUGUACGACCUCAGCCACGCUUCGCAAGCGAAUCUGCUGAGCUGUGUGAAAUUUUGUUCCGGCAGAAAGCUCCACGGCACUUGACGAGUUUUUUGGCACAUGAGCGCAGUGUAGUCACCCCGCCUUUCUUAAGGAAAGCUGUAGCACAGCUAAGAAGCGGUAGUACGACGUAUUCUUCCAUUGUGGCGUUCUUGGCAGGGCUGGUUCUUCUAGUAGUGCUAGCUGGUUCACUGUUGCCAUAACCUCUCGCAAGGCUGUUCUACUCGGUCACGCUAGGUGAUUAUUCAUAUACGUCUGGUUUUGGUUUUUUGGACUUUAUUGCGCCCACGUAACUGAAUCCUCUCUGCCGUCACCAUGGCAUGCGACCGUCUCGCCGCUAUGUUGCCUUCCCAACGUCGGGGUCUGUGUUGUCGUGGAAGAAAUGCACUCUUAUUUUUUGCUCUAUUUUGUUUUGCCGUUUGCCUUCUCGGGCAUCAAGGGCCGAGCUCAGUCUGUUUCGUUGUUUCCGCUUCCGACGGAUCGGCGGAGGGUGGCCAAGGGCCAUCCAAUGUGGGAGGUUCUGAUGCUCAAGGCGGAGGGUUUAGUUUUGCCUCGCUUUUGAGUAUGGCGCCUAAUAGUGAGACACUUCAACAGAUUCUCGGUGACUUUAGCAAGCAAGCGGCGGAAUUUCUGAAGGGUAACAAGGCCCUCGAGAAGCUAGACAUCGGGCCACUCCAGGAUAAUUUGGAACGCAUAACUACACUGCUGGGGAUGAAACCCGACCUCCGAAAAAUUAUCGUGUCAAAUCGCCGCCACCUGGAAGUCCUUUACAUGCCGAUAUAUACGUUUGCGCAGCAACGUGCCCUCGAAAGGAAUCCGGAGGCUGACGACAGUGCCCUUUCUGUCGUCCUGCAAGAUCCACACAUGGCCAAGUUCGUUGCAAAGUACGUGGAUUUGGAGCCCUCGCGGACUAUGUCAACAGCACCAAAGCAACUGGACGGUUUCGUGCAGCAAAUUCAAGACCUUCGAAAAUAUGUACUCACUGACGGACCGGUUGUUUUUUCUCUCAUUUCUCGACUCGACGCGGUCGUGUCUGCUUUCUUGCAGUACACUCAGACGAUGUUCUCGUCGGUCGCCCGCUACAUAAGUUUGACUGACCGUUUUGCAAAGAAUAAAAGAGCGCUUUUCUUUUUCGGAAAGUACACGCUUCCCAAACUACUGGAGGUGUUCUUCAUCAUCAAUAGCAUUGAGGCGCAGCUACUGAGAAGGAUUCAGUUGCUUGAGAAUCCGGACGAUGCGAAGCGUCUGCGAUUUCAACUUCGGGGCCUGGUGACGAAAACCGACGAAGCCGUCGCCAGUCUUUAUGACUUGUCCAAGGGCUGCCUUAUUGGAUGCUCCGCAUCCUUUCAGAUUGAGUAUGCGAGCUGCGUGAAAAGUUAUGAAGAAGGAGAGCGAGUUGAAAUUGCUUUCCGUCGAUUUACUUCCAGUCCACCUCAUGAGGGCAUGACUCUCCCGUCUUCAGCAGCGGCCACUGGGGAGCCGAAUGGCGCGUUGCCUGCUGACGCGCUUGAUGCGUCUCAGUACUUGCAAGUCAUUCAGGAUCAGGUCCAGGAAGAACAGCAGCAGAAGCGACGCGAACCGGUCAGUAAGCCAGAUGGGGCUGCCUUUGGUGUCGAUUCGGAGGGUGCAACUCUUGGUGCCGGGCUUGCGAUUGAAGAAGUCGCUUCGACUGUUUCUCCAGUGACGACGACCGCCACAAAUGGUCCCGUAGAUGAUCAGUCGGGUCGUGCUGCUGCUCGUGACUUGCUCAACUCGUACUAACGGAUUAUUGAAGGGGAGCUGUGGUGUGUGGUUUGUUCGAUUAAGUGGGUUCGAUUGAGUAAUUCAGUGUGAUGCCUGGCGGUCAGGAGGUGUUUUCCUUGACAGCCUCGCAAAAUCAAGGCCAUGUAUUGAAGCAUAGCCGAUCAAUGAUGAACAGAGAAUAAGGCAGCAAAGAACGCGGAGCGUUUCUUAAGGGCGGUAUUCUGAUGUGGCGUUUACCCGACCGAAGGCGUUUCUUGGAUUUCACAAGAGUGAGGACAAUUAUCCCAGACACUUAUUCGCAGCGUUGCUGUUCAAAACUGUGUGGGAAGGACUGCUGGCCUCCGCGAAAACUGAGGUGAUGCUAAGGGCAGCCAUUGCGGGCGGAUGGUGUACAGUUUCAGUUCUACGUUAUUGUGCCGUUCGCGCGGUGCGGGUUCGUGUGGUAUGGUAGAGACAACAAGGCGUAGUCAAUCGCGCGCGAGUGUGUGCAUGUGCCGCCUUUUAUAGUACCACUUCUUCGCCAUACUUGAUUAAAUACGUGCAUGGACAACGUCGUGGAGAUGGUUGGUCAUGUAUUUUUAACACCGUUCAACACCCGAUUUGUUUGUAUCCAGCAUUGCAACGUGUGAAGAGAGGGCGACGCCGCUGGAGCUGUAUGGUGGUCUGAAUGAAACCCCAUCGCCCGUAGAAUUCUUGUGGCCGGUGGAGGCGGAACCUCGCUGCUGCUCUAUGACCGUUACGUGGUUGCGGUUGCGCCCAGGGGACGGAGUUGCUUUCGCUUGUCGUUUGGACCUGGUCCGUCCUGGUGUGGUGUGUCCCAAGUGCCUGCCAGCUAGCCAUUUAUUGGUGCGAAUGGAAUGGUGCUGUCCGUCAUGUGGUGAGCUAGGCCCUACUGUUAAAGGCCUUAAAGGCGAAUGAGCCCGUUACCGUCGUACACGAUCACUGUUGAGGAGUGACGUUGGUGGCAUCGUGGGGAUAUGCAGUACUUCGUCAUUGUUGUGUUGAGGUGACGCCGGUACUGACAAGCCUUUACCAAAUGACUGCAGGCGUUGGUGGUAGACGCUCUCUGUGUUGUGCUUUCGUCGGGACGUAGGGCGCCACCACUGGCGACGGAUAAGUAUGACCGGUAAUUUUCGUGGUGCAAUAUCAAAAGAACGUGUAUUUCAUUCUUAUGCAGGGUACAGGGGAUGGGAAACGGCAAUUAAAGGAACAGACAAUCCCUUUACAAAAUAUAAUUACACGUCAGUAAACUUCUUUGUGGCGUUGCUCGCUAUCUGUGUCUAGUUACCCAGGUUUGUGGGUCCGACGCAAGCGUGCUGUAGAAAUGCUUCCGCAUGUCCAAUUUAACACUUUUUUGGUAGCAGCCCCGAACGUACUUGCGUAAUGGUAUUGUAGCCGCAAGUAAAACGCGCUGCCGAAAUAUACGGGGAGCGAGUACCCGAGUGUCAGGACGAGCUUCUCAAGAACCUAGGUGUGCAGUGGCUUACGUCUCAACGGCAGUCCGUGUAGUCAGUGUGCGUCUGUUGCAGCAAACGACACAGUAAAGGUAUAAUUGAAUGUCUGCUAGCCCCGAACUCGUUUACAUCGAUCAACGACGUGGAGAAAUGCAGUCAGGUUUGCCUAGAGGUGCCCUAUAUUGGGAGUAUGUCACAGCGCGUGUACGUUCCGCCUUGGUAAUGUUGCAAAUACGUGAAAAAGCCUCUGUGGUAUUCGGUAGCUAGGCAGUUUGUGGACUGGGAACAGGGGAAGUAACGAAAUCAGUUGUCUGCAGAACUGCACCUCGCCCUGGUGGUCUUGAAGCUCUUCGCCACUGUUUACCCGAGGUGGACGCUCUCCUCGGUGUGUAAGCAUGCGGAAUUCGAUAAGGUUUUGCCUCGGGAGUAUAUAAAACGAUACAGAAAUAAUAUUGAAAAGUGGACGUGUCCCUUUACACAACUAGAGGAGUCCAAACGGGGAUAUCGGUCAAAUUGCAGAAGUAAGAGGCGUGCAUCACCGCCAAAAUUUCACAUCCCGUCUGUCAAGCGUACGAAAGGUGAAACACGACAAUUAUUUUUCGAAGCUAGCGCUGGCGCAUAAUGUGCCAACGUGGAGCCUUUGAGCUCUCGGCAAGAAGUUGGGCAUCUCAAAUCUGUGCCCGUGUCCUAUCGUGCAUCAAUAACAACCGUUAUGUGGGCCCCCUCAAGGCCCAAGCCAGAAAAGUACGUUCAGCGGCGAAGUCCGUAUAUCGGAUGGAGGAAGUGAGUGUCUCUAGAAGCAACCUGCGUUUCUCCUGUUCCCUCAAAAUGCCGUGUUGUGGAUUCCGAUGCGUUUCUGGCUGUCUGACAACAGUGAUUAAGAGAAAGCGGUUUGUUUCGAUUCAGAAGGGGUAUUAGCUAUUAAACAACCCCAAAAAGGAGUAUUCAGUACUCGAGUGACCGGCAUGCGUCACAGCGGUGUAGCGUUAUAAUGUGACUCAGGUCAUAUCGGCGGGAUAAUGUGUCCUCACCUCAUGUACUCUAGACUUGUACGUAGCAUAGUCCCGUUCGCCUGUUUGGACGGUCUCGUCUUCACUUGUAUGAGGGACUAACGAAUGCCUGCCUCCACGUGAUAUAGAAUGAGUGCAGCUUUUUGUCGGGGCGUCGACAGCAGGCUGCGAGAUGUUUUACUGCCUGACUGGCC